AUGGCCCCAGUGCAUAAGAAGAAACAUUUGCCGAAAGGCGUGAAAAAAGCCGGUGGUAAGAAGAAGAAGCAGUCGCUUAAGUUUAAUAUUGAGUGCAAAAAUCCGGUGGAAGAUGGCAUCAUGAAUGUCUCGGACUUCGAGGUGUUCCUUAACGAACGCAUCAAAGUUAAUGGAAAGUUGGGUCAGAUGGCAGCAAAUGGAGUUAGAAUCGAGCUGCAGAAGACGAAACUUGUGCUGACCUCGGAGUUUCCUUCGGGAUUUUCGAAUCGGUUCUCGCUUGUGGAGCAUCAGGCAUCUGAGUUUGUAGGAUGUGACCCUGGUCCACCACGCCAUAGAAUGUCGACUCGUGUGGCGCCCUCGGGAUGCCCGGGUAGUGCUGCAUAUUCCUUAUCGUCACAUAGUGCCAAUGGCGCGAUUAUUGUACCUUUCUCAAAACGAUACCUCAAAUACCUCACCAAGAAGUACCUCAAGAGGAACUCGCUUCGAGAUUGGUUACGAGUGGUUGCGUCAACAAAGGAUACCUAUGAGUUGAGGUACUUCCAGAUCAGCCAAGAUGACGAAGAUGUCAGUGAUAACGAAUCGUAA